AUGAAGACGGAUUAUCCGAUGGAUGAAAUGCAGAAGAGGACAGGUUCCAUCAUUGGUCUGUCAGAUGUGACUGAAAACAAGUUAAUAUGGCGUCAGCUGGUCGCCGAGCUGGUGGGAACCUUCCUUCUAGUAGCUGUGGGUGUAGCUUCAACCAUAGCUAUCACUGAGAGCAACGCGCCCAUCACUACCAGCAUCGCGCUGUGCUUCGGAUUACUCGUCGGAUCUAUCGUGCAGUGUAUCGGCCACGUGUCUGGAGGUCAUAUAAACCCGGCCGUAACCCUCGGCCUGCUGGCAUCUGGUGACGUGAAGCUGUUGAAAGCCAUCUUCUACAUUGUGGUCCAAUGUCUCGGAGCUACCGCUGGAGCUGCUUUCAUUAGGUUGGCUGUACCUGAGAGCAGAGUGUUUUCAUUCGGUGUAACACAACCAGGUCCAGGGGUCACCGACGCUCAGGCGUUGUUGGUUGAGGCUCUGAUAACGUUUGUGCUAGUGUCGGUUGUUCAAGGAGUGUGUGACGCGGGUCGUAAUGACGUCAAAGGUUCAGCACCCCUGGCCAUCGGUCUCAGCAUCACCGCCUGCCACGCUGCUUGCAUUCCGUUCUCUGGUUCAAGCAUGAACCCAGCAAGAUCUUUCGGACCGGCUCUCGUUAUGGGCAAUUGGAACGCACACUGGGUGUAUUGGGUGGGUCCGAUCCUGGGAGGAGUGAUCGCGGGGCUUGUGUACAGGUUCGUGCUCCGCAUCAACAAAGCCGGUGAUAGCGGCUCCUACGACCUGUAA